CGGUGUAUGUGACGUCAGGACCAAAAUACAUACUUCCGUAUUGCUAUUUCGCAGGUGAGUGUGAGUCACAAGCUCCUGUCACCAAAAGGCACCAGAAAAGACGUCAACCAUCACUUUUCUCACCAGUCCCAAAGCCCCACAGUAUAAGCCACCAUGCCUCUGGAAUGGCUGUUUGGGAAGAAGAAGACACCAGCAGAAAUGCUGAAACAGAACCAGCGAGCGCUGAACAGGGCCAUCCGAGACCUGGACAGGGAACGGGCCAAAUUAGAACAACAGGAGAAGAAAAUCAUCGCUGAUAUCAAAAAGAUGGCGAAACAAGGACAAAUGGACGCUGUGAAGAUCAUGGCCAAGGAUCUUGUCCGAACACGUCGCUACGUCAAGAAGUUCAUGUUAAUGAGAGCAAACAUCCAGGCCGUGUCUCUCAAGAUUCAGACUCUCAAAUCCAACAACGAAAUGGCACAGGCCAUGAAGGGGGUGACCAAAGCCAUGGCCACCAUGAACAAACAGUUGAAGUUGCCUCAGAUCCAGAAGAUCAUGAUGGAAUUUGAGAGACAGUCGGAGAUCAUGGACAUGAAGGAGGAGAUGAUGAACGAUGCCAUUGAUGAUGCAAUGGGGGAUGAAGAUGAUGAAGAGGAGAGUGAUGCCAUUGUAACUCAGGUAUUGGAUGAGUUGGGACUACAACUUACAGAUGACCUUGCAAAUCUACCAGAAACAGGAGGUACAAUCGCAGUGCAGAAGAAACAGGAGCCAGCUGCGGCGGCUGCGGCAGGGGGAGGGGGGCUGAGCGACGCAGACGCCGACCUGGAGGCCAGACUCAACAACCUCAGGAGGGACUGAGGGGUCAGGUGGGGGUCAGGGGGUAUAGGUCAUGACCUCAGGGAAAACUGAGGGGUCAUGUGUCAUAUGGAGGUCAGGUGUAGGGCAAAAAAAGCUGAAUUAGGUAAACGAAUGGUAAUUUUGCAAUUAUUGUUUUGUAUAUUAAGGUAUAACUCUUUUCUCUUUUGUUCAACAUAAAGGCAACCUUUUUUUCAAAUACUUGGGCACAAAUGUAAGGUUU